AUGCCUUCUGUUGGACUCCAGAUCCUCGCCGUCUUCUUGGCCACUGUCGGUUUCAUCGGAGACAUAAUCAUCUGCGCUCUCCCCAUGUGGAAGACCUUUUGGGAGGGCCUUUGGAUGAACUGUGUGAUGCAGAGCACUGGACAGAUGCAGUGCAAAGUCUACGACUCCAUGCUGGCUCUGCCCCAAGACCUCCAGGCGGCCCGUGCUCUCGUGGUCAUCUCCAUCCUGGUGGUGCUCCUGGGGCUCCUCCUUUCUGUGGCCGGCGGCAAAUGCACAAACUGCGUGGAAGAUGAAGCGUCCAAAAGCAAAAUCGCCAUAGUCUCUGGAGUGUUUUUCAUCGUGGGAGGAGUCCUGUGUCUGAUCCCGGUGUCCUGGUCGGCCCACGAGAUCAUCCGCACCUUCUACAGCCCUGUGAUGCUCGACGCCCAGAGGAGGGAGCUGGGGGCCUCUCUCUUCAUCGGCUGGGGCUCCGCGGGGCUGCUCUUCAUCGGCGGCGCUCUGCUCUGCUGCCAGUGCCGCAAGGAGAAGGACAGUGGGUAUUCUGUGAAGUACUCUGCCCCUCGCUCCGCCGCCAGCAGAGACGCCUAUGUCUGA